GCCUGAUUGCCUGUAAAGAUUCCAAGUGGCCCUGGCAAUCCGAGAUAAAUACCCACUCCCCCACUCUCCAAUACCAUCCCACCCUGCUCGCUUUCCGCUUCCACCACCUCCUGUCACUCGUUUCUCCGGCUUCAGCUAGCUAGCCUCCGUGUUGUUAAGCUUCUCUUCACCAACUUCCUCCUCUUAUCUUCAUUUGCCCUAGCAUUUAGUCUCCCAUGUCUACCGUCGAGGUGGAAUCAACUCCUGUUGUUGAGGUUCCGGCAGAAGCGCCGGCCGCCCCAGCAGAAGCCGAACCUGCGCCUGCACCGCCUGCUGAGCCAGUAGUAGCUGAGGCCGAGCCCGCCGCUCCCGCCGUCGAGGAGUCCAAGGAAGAAGCCCCAGCCGUAGCACCAGAGGAGGCCACCCCAGAAGCACCACCAGCGGAGCCCGAGGAGAAGCCUGUCGAAGAGCCUGCAGUCGAGGCAUCAACCGAGGCUGAACCAGUGGCUACGGAGCCAAAAGAAGAACCCAAGCCAGAGGCAGAACCGGAGGCCCCAGCCCCCGAGCCAGAGAAGCCUGCCGAACCGGUUGUCGAAGAGCCGACCAUGGAGGAGCCCAAGGCUGUUGAGGAGGCGGCGCCACCAGCUGUGGUGGAGGAGGCGAAGGCGGAGGAGACGGAGGAGAAGGCCGCAGUCUCGGAGUAAAUAAGAAUAGUGCUUGGGUCUAUGGCUUCUGUGUUGUGUUUGAUGAGAUGGAGUUUUAGUUUUAAGGUUUUAGAUAUAUCAUUAAGUUCUAAUAAUGAGGAUUAAUAUGAAAUAAUCUGGUAUGUGCUUUUAGAGCGCGGAGUGGGGGUUAUAAUCCUGUUUACGUGUGCACUUUACUCAGUGGACCUGAACCGGUAAUGUGCUUUGAGUGUGAUUUUAUCUGCUGCGUUUGUUACUCUAUUUUGUAGUACUUUGUUAAUCGUUUUUGGGAUGGGUGCCCUGUUUAGAUUGUGGGCUUUCUAUUAUAUAUAAUAAUUAAGAUUGUUUUAAGA